AUGGACUGGGAGCCCAUGGAUACCGCCGGAGGUCGAUCGCCCACCCCAGACAUUAUGAACGACCCGGCCUUCGAAACGAACCAUGGGAACAGAGCAGGAGGUCCAGAAGAAGCAGACACAUGCCGGAUAUGCCGUGGGGAAGGGACCGAUGAGGAGCAGCUCUUUUACCCCUGCAAGUGCAGUGGGAGUAUCAAAUUCGUCCACCAGAACUGUCUCAUGGAGUGGCUCUCCCAUUCGCAAAAGAAGCACUGCGAGCUGUGCAAGACCCCUUUUCGCUUUACGAAGCUUUAUGACCCGAAUAUGCCUAGCGAGUUACCGGUGCCGGUAUUCUUGAAGGAGCUGUUUCUACAUGCUUGCCGCGCGAUACUUACUUGGCUGCGAUUCGGCCUGGUUGCCUUUGUGUGGCUCGGAUUACUCCCAUGGUCGAUGAGGACAAUAUGGAGGGGUCUAUUUUGGCUGGCGGAUGGAAGAUGGCCCGCGCCAGAUACAAUGCAGAGACCUGUUUCAUCGGUAGCCAACAGAAGUGUGGCAUGGCUAGCUGCUCAUGGGACGUCUCCUGCAACGCCAACUCUUGCAUGGGAUAUACCUAGCAUGUCUGCUGCCAAUGGAAGCAUUUUACAGGCCAACUCUCCAUCUCGGAGUGCUCCUUCGAUGCUCAAUUUUUCCACCGGUGAACCUUUGAUAUACUCUAUUGCAAAAACCUUUCUUUCUAAUGCCUUCUCCACCCCACAAUCCCCCAGUUUGAAUCACUCAUCUGCUGCUCCACCAAUAAAGCGCAUACGGCAGCCAUCGUGGCUCUCCGAUAUUACCUUUCUAAACAAUGCUACCUCCUCCCCAACCUUGAAUAACGUCAUCAUUGAUACCUUAGAAGGACAGCUUAUCACCCUACUUGUUGUGAUAUCCUUCAUCCUGGUGUUUUUGAUUAGAGAGUGGGUGGUCCAGCAGCAGCCCGCGAUUAACAUUCCCGAGGGCGAGGGAGAAGCUCUGGGCCAGCUUUUUAAUCGUGUCGUGGAGCAGCACGCGGAGCAAGAGGCACGUCGUCAAGACGCAGAUGAAGAGGAAGAAACAGAAGAGGAGGAGGAGGAGGAAGAAGAAGAAGAAGAAGCCGAUGGUGAAGUCGAAAAUCCUGAGACUUAUCACCCACAGGAAGAACCGGGCCAUGAACCUGAAACCGGUCUUGAUAGUACACCCCUGCAGAGAGGAGGCAUGUUUGACGAAAACACCUUGCCCGACGCGCAAACAUAUAAUCCUUUUGCUCCUAACUACGCGGGCCCAUUCCCCGAGAAUUCUCCUUACUAUCGUCAUGCUCACGCACAGGAACCACCAAUAUUCCGCGGCAAUUUUCACAACCACAACCGGCCGUUCCGGAUACCAGUCGAUGCUUCCAAUCGACCCAGUAUGUGGGACGAACCACAGACCAAUUUUACAAGUCGAUUAGAGGGCAGUCGGACCAACUACCCCGAGUUUGGAGCAGGUGACCGCAGAGAAAAGGCAGACGAUAGUCCUGAUGAAGGCUCUUCCUCUAGAACACCUAUGACAGAGCAAGAAAAUGUACUUCCUUUCAACCCAUUCACUGGGCAGAUAACUCAGUGGAAGUUCCCCGACUUCAAUGGAGAACAGGCAUCACCGAUCGACGAGCCAAGCCAACAACAGCCGCCAACAGUUCCUGCCGCUGCCGCUAACGCCCAUGAUGAUCAAGCUCAUGCUCUGGCUCAUGAACAUAAUGAGCCAGACAUAGAUAAAGACGUGGAAAUUCCUACCUCGAGUAUUCGGGUUGCAAACUCUCCGCCGGAGGACCUGAAUAACAAUGUACCAAACCCAGAAAUUGUUCCUAGUACUCGCAAUGCGGAAGAGGGAUCACAGAAUGAACCAAAUUCAGAGGGUAGCACCCAAGAGCAAGCGGAAAGUCCUUCACCGGCCCAACCCGCUGCAGCUGCUCCCAGAGAAGAACUUCUUUAUACUCCGAUAACACCGCCUAGAAACUUCUUGGACAGAGUGUUCAACUUCUUUUGGGGCGCCAUUCCGAUAGUGCUUCCAGACCCGGAAGACGCAGAGGGUGGUGGUGACCGCCAACCAGCCCUUAUCCGGCAACACCAACGUCACAGACGUGGUAACGAUGCCAAUGAAGCUGCUAAUCGUGCCCGUGGUGCUGCUGGUGCCAAUGACGCUGGGGAUGGCAACGAUCCUGAAGCUGUUGAAGAUGUAGAUGACCUUGAAGGCGUUAUGGAACUUAUCGGUAUGCAUGGGCCAUUAUUUGGCUUGCUACAAAAUGCAGUGUUUAGCGCACUUUUAAUAUCCUUUACCGUCUCUGUUGGAAUCUGGCUUCCCUAUCUAUGGGGUAAGAUUGCUCUGGUGAUGCUGGUCAAUCCUAUUGGUUUAUUUAUCCGAGUGCCCCUAACUGCUGUCUCUAUGCUGGCUGAUAUCACCGUUGACCUUAUCCUUGGAUGCUUUGCAUAUGUGGUCUAUCUCAUGAACGUCUUGGUUAGGGCAAUUCUAGCCCAACUCGGCUUGUUCAUUCCCAGUCUCGGGAAGCUCUCCGCAGCUAACUCCAUCACCUUCGCAUCUCUCUCCUUGAUGGAAGGUAGCAGCCAGAGGUUGACGGGAAUUCUCACCGCAGUGUUCACAUUCCAUGAGUCUGAUCUCCCUAUGUUCUCUGCCAUAUCACAUGAGGCCCUGAAACUACAUCAAGCCAGGAUUGCCUACCUAGGCAGUGUACUUUUCAAGGGUGGUAGGGCGCUACUCCGUGAUAUUCCCUUGAGUAUAAUGCAAUCGGAGAAUCCUCUCUUAGCAGUUAAAAAUUUCAUUCUCGCCGAUCUUCCUCGGGUUCCUGGCUUAGCGACGAGUGCCGUGAAGAACACUGGUGGGAUUUUUGGAAUCAUAAACUGGCUAACAGAUUGGUCAACGUCGGAUACUCUUAUACAAAGCUCGUCGAACUAUGACUUAAGUCGAUGGAGUUCCAAAGAUCGACUUAUCGCCAUAAUCCUGGGAUACUGCUUUGCAUCCCUUCUUGGUAUCGCGUAUCUGCGUAUAUCCGGCAUCAUAUCUGGAACUCGCCGUGACAGACAAAGAAGAGAUGGUCCAGUUGCUGAGAUACUUCGCCAGGCAGGUGGUGUGAUGAAGGUUAUCGUUAUAAUCGGGAUUGAAAUGAUUGUUUUCCCAUUAUAUUGCGGCAUCUUAUUGGACAUUGCUUUACUACCUCUCUUUGGAAACGGCCUGUUUGCCUCUCGCGCAGCAUUUACUUUGGAAUCACCGUUAACUUCCCUCUUCGUCCACUGGUUUAUCGGAACUUGUUAUAUGUUUCACUUUGCGCUAUUUGUCUCCAUGUGUCGAAAGAUUAUGCGCAGCGGUGUUCUAUCAGACUUCAUUCGAGAUCCAGAUGACCCUACAUUCCAUCCAGUGCGUGAUGUACUUGAACGAAGUAUUACUACCCAACUUCGAAAGAUUGCAUUCAGCGCUCUAGUAUAUGGAGCCUUAGUUGUUAUCUGUCUAGGUGGGGUUGUUUGGGGUUUAUCACUAACAUUCAGUGGAAUUCUUCCGGUAUACUGGUCUUCGAAUGAACCGGUUUUGGAGUUCCCAGUGGACCUUCUCUUUUACAACUUUGUCAUGCCUGUCGCCAUUCGAGCAAUCAAGCCAUCGGAUGGAUUGCAUGCGAUUUAUGACUGGUGGUUCCAUGAAUGCGCCCGAAUGCUUAGACUUACGCAUUUCCUCUUUGGUGAGAGAAAGCCUGAUGAAGAGGGAUACUAUGAAUACCUUUCAUGGAGGGACUCUAUCCUCUGCAUGUUUACAAAACAAAAGCCCCAACCUAGGCGUUUCCUCCGUAAUGGAAGAUUCGUUCGAGCACCGGCAUCUGACCAAGUGAGGAUACCCAAGGGUGAGCAGGUAUUCGUUGAAAUCAAUGAGAACAAUGAACGUAUCGAUGGAAAGCCAGACAACGACGAGGGCCGCCAUGGGAAGAAGAACGCGAUGUACUCUCCAGUUUAUGUCCCACCCAAUUUCAGAGCCAGGAUCUUCGCCUUCCUACUACUACUAUGGGUCUUUGCUGCGGUCACGGGCGUUGGAAUUACAAUAAUACCACUCAUACUUGGGCGUCGAAUGCUGUCGUGCAUGUUCCCACCUCAUAUCCGUGUCAACGACAUAUACGCGCUAUCAGCUGGAGUAUACGCUAUUGGAACAGUGUAUUAUGCAUACUUACACUUCAAUAAAAUAUCGGACACCUUCCGUGAAGGUAUCCAGCCGUACACGAGAUCUCCGAAACAACUACUUUACAAAACUUACUGCCUGGCGCUUCGCGGUCUUCGGGUGGUUUACCUAGCUGCCGCAGUUGCACUGUUCCUCCCCUCCGUUUUUGCCUUAAUCACGGAGUUUUACCUGUUAAUACCACUACACACUUACCUAAGUCCAUCAGAAACCCACGUUAUCUACUUCGUACAGGACUGGACUCUAGGAAUCCUAUACGCCCGGAUGGCAGUUCGAUUCUUGCUCAGAAAACCUAUGUCUCUACCAGCCAUGGCGCUGCGUGGCAUCGUUCGGGACGGCUGGACCAAUCCUGACAUAUGGCUAGCAACAAGGGUCUUUUUCAUCCCUCUGUCCCUCGCUGUAUUUGUUGCUACAGUCUGUCCACUCCCCAUCGGCUAUAUUCUAAACUCCACCUUGUUCCCUGAAUCGUCUUCAACAUUCCACUCUCAGGUCUAUCGAUACUCCUACCCUGCGUUUUUGGUAUUGAUCCUUCUUCUCUGGGGAUUACAUUUGCUUCAACGACAGAUUGGUGUUUGGCGGGUUAGUAUUAGAGACGAUGUAUAUAUGAUCGGGGAGCGGCUUCACAAUCUCGGCGAAAAACGUGCAAGGAAUGUUGGUCCGGCUAGGAGGAUGAUUACUUCGUGA